AUGCUAACUCUUUUCGUUUUUACUGUACUGACUUCUCUCGUUGCUGCCGAAAGAUUUGCGGUUUCUGGGCGAGUUUAUUGCCCGCUGGAUGAGCCGUUGGAUCCGUAUACAAUUGGGAGAGUUCAGGUGAGAAGUUGGAUAAAUUGGUCAUCGAGCAUUUCUGCAAGCAGGCAGGAAAGUUGUGGUUAAUUAAAACCACGUGUUUUACAGCUAAUUUCCUUGACUGAAAGCGUCUGAAAUUGUAUACAAAACUCUGUAUAAUUUCUCAAUUUUUGGCUCUGAAAUUUGAUGAUAUCGGGGAAAUGACCAAAGAUUGCUAUAAAGAGAAUUAUUCCAAGUGCGACGCUCAGAUUUUCUUGAAAUUUUGGGCACACCUCUGACAUGUUCCACAUAUCAAUUCCUGUAAAUUUUAGCUUGCGUUUUGCAGGGGCAGCCAAUAUAUUCAACAAUCUUUGCGGCCGAGAGAGCACUGGAUACACCGCCGUGUAGAACGAUCAUAGAGAAGAACACUAUAACUAAAUUCUUUCAGAUCUACGAACACGAUAGUCUCCCCUUGGAUCAGCAUGAUUUUAUGGGAGAAACGGAGCUCUCCCAAAACGAAUUCCACAACAUUAUCUUCGACGAAUCCGAGGUCACGGGCAUCCAACCAUUGGCUGUUGUUCUCCACGAUUGCCAUGAACAGCUGAGACUGGAGAGAAAUCGCCCGAGGAAAAGCGGAUGCAAAGCGGUUACGGAGCACUUUUUUGAUGCCCCUCAGGGCAAUGAGAUCUUUUUGGAGAUCGAUUUAAGGAAUCAACUGAGUAGCUUGCAUUGCCAAGGGAACAGCAAUAGGAUCGCAUUUGCUUUUAAUGAUGAUGUGGAGGGAUCAGGCGAAAAUGGAGAGAAUUGGAGUCAUUUGGAGAGGAUUCUGAACAUGACGAAGGAACAUUUCUCUGAGUUGAACAACGAAACCCAUGUUUGA